GUGCGCGGACGCAGAGCUCAGUGGCUGUGUGAUCUACUCGCCGUACACACGCGGUCAUGGGCCAAAAAAACUACGUAACCUCAACUUAAGUAACAGCCGAGUCAGUCGCCGGUGUAGCCUAACCUCAAAAUCCAACAUGGACGCAACAACAGAGGCUCAACACUGACACGGCUGACAUUUCGAGUGAGUGGGGAUUUUUGUUUAAUAAUAUCAGUGAUAUUGAACUGUUUUCUUCGUUGAAGAGCGAACCCUAAUAUGCCACAGACGGUGCCCCGGUCUGGGUGCAGCCCCCCAUCUGCGUCCCAGGGUGAGAGAGCGGUACCAACUUCCCCCGCUGAUAUUCAUCAUCUUUUGCGCCUUCUCGGCGCCGAAUCUCCACCAGAACCCAUGUUGCACUCUCCUCCGACACAUAUUAAGCCACCUCCACCAUAUCCAGAAGAUAACAAUUACCUUGAACGCCUGUACGAUUUCGAAGGUUAUCCAACUCCGUCUCCCUCAUCAGACGAGGGAUCAAUACCAACUGUGGCGCUCCAACCUCCUUCCCCAUACAAUUCUUUACAAUACUCACCGAUAUUUAUCAAAGAGGAACCAAACAGAUUAUCAGUUCCUGGCUUUGCGUCACCCUAUCCAUUAUCGCCGUCAGGUUCUUGUGUAUCGUACGGUAGCCAUAAUCAAUACUCAUCGCCCGUCCCCCAACACGAAGAAUAUAUAGAUAUCGAGGAGCUCCUAAAAGAGAAUCAAAUAUUACAAGAGAGUGUACAACAAAGUUACAUUACACCUAAAAUAGAAGUCGAAGAGCCAAGAGAUCACAUUCUCUUACGAUCAGCGCUUGAAGAUACGUCAUUUCAAAAGCGGCUUAAUUUAAGACCGAUUCCGUUAGAAUUAGGAAGUGUCAAAAUGGAAGAAAGUAGUGGUGGUGCCGGAGACGAAGCUCUAGUGGCGCCCGACAUAGACCGCGUGCUCACAAUGGCUAUUGAACAGUCUAAGCGAGAUGUAGACAAUACUUGUACCGUACUGGGUAUAUCACCAGAUCCAAUGCAAUGGAAUACAAGUGACGUUAAAUCGUGGGUCGUGUUUACACUCCAACAUUACAACUUGCCGAUGGUCCCUGCUGAAUACUUUGCAAUGGACGGCGCAGCACUAAUCGCGCUCACUGAAGACGAAUUCAAUCAAAGAGCACCACAAGCCGGAAGCACACUGUACGCCCAGCUCGAGAUUUGGAAAGCAGCAAGGCACGAGAGCUGGAGGAGUCAGUGGGUGGAACACGAACAACCUUCUCCUACACCAGCUCCCCCUUACCUACCAUCGCCUGAGGAUAUGAGUGAUGCAGUCAUUUUGCAAGCAGAUGAAGACUCAGAAUCAGCUGGAACCAGUGCAGUUCAAGGUGGAGGCAAAGUGAAAACAGGCAGUACACAUAUCCACCUUUGGCAAUUCCUGAAAGAGCUCCUAGCGUCACCUCACAUACAUGGAUCCGCGAUACGGUGGUUAGACCGAAGUAACGGAGUAUUCAAAAUUGAAGAUUCAGUCCGUGUAGCCAGGCUGUGGGGCAAGAGAAAAAACAGGCCCGCGAUGAACUACGACAAACUGUCCAGAAGUAUAAGGCAGUAUUACAAAAAAGGCAUCAUGAAGAAAACUGAGAGGAGUCAGAGGCUCGUUUACCAGUUUUGUCAUCCUUACUCCUUAUAAGAACUUCGAAAUAACUUAGUAUAAGUUAUUUGUAAAUAUUUAUUGUAAAUAAGGGCGUGUGAGAGCCGCGGUAAUGCGGACAAAAUGAGGAACUGGUUGUGUUUUGCGAUGUAACGUAAAAUUCAACGCAGUUUUAGAGUUUGUCGAUGUUCUAAAAGCAUCUCGAAGAACAAGUUUCAGUUCUGGGGUGCGACUAAAACAUCGAUCAACACUCCUCCAUAAAAUUCGGGAAAGGUAAUUUUCUCUGGAAUUCUAUUGGACGGAGGCAUUGAUUGUGAUAGUAUUAAGUUCUUUUUUACCGGCGAUUAGACGACGAUCAUCAUUGUUUGUUUCGUAAUCAGUUCUCAUGAUUGAUUUUCGUUCGUCAGUCGAAAGCUGGUAAUGUUUAUCCCAUAUAUCUAUGAUAUAUUUCUAGUACGUUCUAUGAACUUAUAGAUAACUAAGCGAUGUAAAUAAUUACGUUCGAAUUUGUGAAAAAAAUAAUGAGCAUAAGCUCGAAUUAGUUAAGUAUGAAGAGGUAAUUCUCAUUUAUUUUUUAAUUAUUUAUAAAACAUUAUUAUAAUCGAGAAUAAUUGUUUUAUUUUAUAUUUUAAGCAACGAUUGACGUUUGCUUUUUAAGAAAAAUGUAGCGUGACACGUGAGUCGUCACUGACGAUGUGUUUUUGUGUUUGCGCACAUGUGGGACACUUGCAAUGUAGGUGUAGUUAGUAAAUUGUAAGUCAUAACAACGGCGGUUCAAUUUGGACUUGUAAGAAUGUAAAAUUUUGAAAUUUUGUGCCAAAUAGACAUGUAUUCCUUCGUAUUUAUUCGGGACAAAAUAAUAGUUCCAUCGGUAGCCCGCCGAUGUAAAAUUGUAAAAAAGUUUAUAAUUUAGAAUGGUGUUGGUUUAAUGGGGUUAUAGGUUAAGUUACUAUCUUAAGCAUGCGACGCAGUUAGCGUACAUAAUAAUGUUAUUGGACCAAACUAAUGUAGAUUUUAUGAAUCAUGUAAUAUUAUGUUGCAUCAAAAUAAAUGGCCAUUCAUAUAUAA